GUUGCAAGCCUUUGAACGAUCAGCGACGACGGCGUUACUUUUGGCGCGGAUACAGCAGCGACACUUUUUUUUCGUUGGCAGGCGCCUCCUGUCACCAAACAAACAAAUAAACAAAAAAACAUAAAAACAAACAAGCAAAUAAAUAAACAAUAAACCAACAAGCAAACAAACAAACAUAAACAAGCCAACAAGCAGCCAAGCUAAACAAAACAACUGUGUGCAUUUUUGGUUCGAGUUUCCUUUAAUUUCCAUCGCUUGCAUUUCAUUUUUUUUGCCUGUGUUCCUUAGAGAAAAAGUCUAUAAAUAAGAAAACAUAUACCCAUAUAUAGGCACAAAAUCCCAGUGACAAUAAGAGCAGUCAAACAUUGCAACUCUCAGCAGCAAACAUCAGCCGACGGCCGAGUGAAGAAAAGUGCAACGCCGACGGACUCGAGAAAAGAUACAGAUACAGAUACGGAUUAUACAUAUCUGGGCUAUUAGCUGGGCCAUAAUCCUCUCUAGCGAUUUAGCCCACUUUGCUUUUUUUCUGAGUGCGUGUGUGCUUGUGCUGUGCUGUGCUGUGCUUGCCAAUCCAUUUGUCCAUGUCCUUUACAUCUUUUUCCCUUACUCUCCAUGAUCAGUGAGCCUGGCCUGCAACAAUAGUCGCAACAAAGAAAAAAAGUAGCUGAGUUGAGCAAAGAAAAGAAAACAAAAUCGAACCUUAAACCCAAGUGGCCGCAAAACAAAGCAAAAGCAAAACAGACAGCAUCAUUGUGCGCCUCAAAUUGACAUCAGCAGCAGCCGCAGCAGCCGCAGCAGCAACGACAACUGCCACUGCCACUGCAGCAGCAGCAGAAACAUCAGCAGCAGCAGGAGCCGCAGCAGCAACAUCCACAGCAACCAUGCUAACGGACAUGACACCGACCGCCGGUCAGCUCUACGGAUCCCAGAUUCCGGCCAUGGGCAUGAACAUCAGCAACAUCGCCACACACUUGCAGAAGCCACAAGUUAAUCCGGAUCAUCCCAGCUUGAGAGGAACUCCGCUGGCCAUGCUGGCCGCCCAGUGCAACAAGCUCUCCAACAAAUCACCGCCCCCGCUGGCCGACGCCGCUGUGGGCAAGGGCUUCCAUCCGUGGAAGAGGAGUCCCAAUUCGCCGGCAGCCGGAUCCAGUGGCUCCUCCGGCGGAGGUGGCGGCGGCGGUGGCAGUAGCGCCGGUCAGCACUCGCCUUGCGCCAUCUCAGCGGCCAGCUCGUCCAGCUCGAGCGGAUCGAGCGGAGGACAGUCCUCCAGGAGUCUCUCCUCCAGCGCCAGCACCAUGGUGAACAUCACAGCUAGCAUCUAUCCUUACAGUCGCCCCCUGACCUCCUCCUGCGCGGCGGUGGGCGGGGGUUCCACCGGCUCCUCCUCCUCCGCCUCUGGAUCACAGUCAUCCUCCACGGCAUCUGCGGUGGCAGCGGCCUACGGCGGUGACCUGUACUUUCCGAACACCUCCACCUCGAACAUGGACAACCAUCACAUGCAUCAGGGCCUACUGGGUAAAGUUGAGGCCGGCGCGGCUGCCUUUGGCGGUGUCUACUCGCGUCAUCCGUACGAUUGGCCCUUCAAUGCAGUGACCCACAAGGAGGCCGCCAGCGUGAAUUCCGGCUGGUGGGACAUGCACAGUGCCGCCGGUUCCUGGCUGGAUAUGGGUGGUGCGGGCAUGCACUCCACAAUGGCCAAUUAUGCGAGUGAGAACUAUAGUUCCGCAUUGAGUCACUCGCUGUUGGGAUCGGGACAGCAUUUGCUGCAGGACACCUACAAGAGCAUGUUGCCCGGCCAGGGUGUGGGCGUUGGUGUGGGCGUGGGCAUGGGUGGCUUCUCCCUGCCCCACAGUUCUCCAUCGGCGGCGGCAGCAGCUGCGGCCACAGCGGCAGCGGCGGCGGGUGGCUCCCCGCAGGGUGGUUCACCAUCGACACCAUCACCCAGAUCCCAGAGGCGUUAUGCCGGACGGGCCACUUGCGAUUGCCCGAAUUGCCAGGAGGCGGAACGCCUGGGUCCCGCUGGCGUUCAUCUGCGCAAGAAGAACAUCCAUUCGUGUCACAUACCGGGCUGUGGCAAGGUGUAUGGAAAGACGUCGCAUCUGAAGGCUCACCUGCGGUGGCACACCGGCGAGCGUCCCUUUGUGUGCAACUGGCUGUUCUGCGGCAAGCGUUUCACACGCUCCGACGAGCUGCAACGGCAUUUGAGGACGCACACUGGCGAGAAGCGCUUUGCAUGCCCCGUGUGCAACAAGCGCUUUAUGCGCAGCGACCAUUUGGCCAAGCACGUGAAGACGCACAAUGGCACGGCCAAUCACCAGGCCAAUGGCCACAAUGGUGGGCUGAAGAAGGGCUCCUCGGAGUCGUGUAGCGACUCGGAGGAGGCCGCCAACCAGUCGGGCGAGUCCAACGGGCUGGGCGGCGUGGGCAGUGGCCCACAGACGGGCGGGGCCGGUGGCGGCGGGGGUGGCCCUAGUUCGGGAACUGGUGCUGGUACGUUAGCGGUAUCGGGAUCGGUGACCACCGGAGCGGGAGCUGGAUCCGGUACGGGUAGCUCCAAUUCCAAUUCCAAUUCCGGUGGCUCAAGCGGUUCCGUUAGCGGUUCCGUAUCCGGUUCUGGCAGCCAUCCCGGCACCCCGACCUCGCUGCACGCGCACAGCGCCAAUGGCACGUCCAGCAGCCUGCUGGGCGGCGGUCUGCACCUGGCCACGCCGCACCAGAUGGUCGCCGCGGGCGGUUCGCCGGUGAUGCUUCACCAGCAGCAGCAGCAACAUCAGCAGCAACAGCAGCAGCAGCAGCAUCAACAGCAGCAGCAGCAGCAACAUCAGCAGCAACAGCAGCAGCAGCAACACCACCAGCAACAGCAGCAGCAUCAUCACCAGCAAUUUGGCCAGCAGCAGCAUCCCCAUGCCCAUCACCUGCACCACCAUGCCCACCACUCGCACCACCUGGCCAACGGUGGCUCACCCGGUCUGGAUCCCAGCUCCCUCGUGGAUAUAAAGCCACCAAUGGUUUGAGGGUCGCUGGGACCCUUCCUGUUCACCAACUAAAGCAGUGCAAGGGUUCCACACCAUAGAUACUACGUACCACGUGCUACGUAUAUAAAUACAUUUAUAUAAAAUCGAUAUCAUUUUGAUUUGAAGCUAUCUUGCGGUUGUACAUAUAGCCAGCAGAUGUCUGUAAAUAUAUUUGAAAAGAAACGCCCGCUCUAUGUGUCUAUUGCGCUAAUCCCAGCACUAAACUAAAACUGAAAGUAAAAUAUUACAAGAUAUAAAUAUAAAUAUAAAUAUAAAUAUAUUGCUUAUAGCCUAUUUGUAGACUAAGCCAUUUUCUAGACUAUCUAGUUAUCAACACUGAAAGAUAAAGGAGAGCGAUGUUUUUUUUUUAUUUUUUUUACUAGCCCUAUGGAUAUGUAAUUUUUUUCAUAGGUUCUAAGCAUUAUAUACGACAUUAACCAAGAGACAAGCUUCGAGCACCACAAAAACAAAAUCCCUAUAAAAACAUGAGAUAAGAACCAUUAUGCAAUUCUAAACGAAGACACCUAAAACAAAAUAAUAUUGAUAUAAAAUAUAUAUGGAUAUUGAACGGGGGGAACAUCAUAAAUAUAUUUCUAGUCCAAUUAUGAAGUGUGAGCGAACCAAAAUUGUAAAGAGAAAACAAAAAUGGAGGAGGAAACGCAGGGGGGGAACUUAAACUCUAGCCCUUGUAAAUUAGCAUAUGUCCCUCAUUUAUUUUUGCUAACCCCAUCGAAACGAGGAUAUCUUAGACGCUAGUGCUUUAAUCGAUCCCAACUAAAACUAAAACAAAUGAUGGAAGGAAAACCGGCGGAGAGCCCAAGCUAAACCUUAACUAAAUGUGUUUUGUUGUUUUAUUUGAACUAGGCUUAGCGCAGAUACUUAGAUACUUAGCACCACACAAAAAAUAAAAAAAAAACAAAUAAAUAAAUAAAAAA